GAAACAGCUCGCCAACCACCCCGGUAGCUUGCUAGCCAACAUAGCCGAAAGAUUCCAGCUAUUUAUACGCUUUCGGUGUAUAUUACCUACUGUGUUUUAGACACACUUCUGUCAUAUCUACUUGUUAAACUAUUUAAUAUUACGUUAUUUUGUAUUAGUCAACUAUAGUAGUUGGCUGGUUAAGUUAGCACUAGCCUAGUCACUAAUGAUAGCUAGCUAACAUCCCUGAACAUGAGCUCCCUAAACUUCUCUCCUGUUGAAGAAGAGGAGGUCUGCUGGACGGAGAAAGAAACUCUGGGGCUGAACAUUGUCGUGAAAGAGGAGAAGGAAGAGGAGGAUGUCACAGUUAAACAAGAAGUAGAGGGUGAGGCUGUUACAGUGAAAGAAGAAGAGGAAGACGUUUCAGUGAAAGAAGAGGAGGCAGAGAAAGAGGAUGCAGUUUUUGGAGUGAAGGAGGAAGGGGAGAUUACAGUCACAUUGAAAGAUGAAGAUGAGGAGAUGGGAGAUCUGAUUAACACCAGAGAGAUACCAGACUCUGACAGCAAGAAGAGUCCUUCAGGGGAACCAGACCCAGAGACGCCCAAACCAGCGAGACGACACCACUGCUCCCACUGUGAAAAGAGUUUUCGCUGGUUAGGGAAUCUAAAGCACCAUGAGAGGACACACACAGGAGAAAAGCCAUACCACUGCUUCCAAUGUGAAAAGAGAUUUUCCGGAUCAGGGGACUUAAAAGCUCAUGAAAGGACACACACGGGAGAAAAGCCUUAUCACUGUUCCCAGUGUGGAAAGAGUUUUACUGUGUUAAAUAACCUGAAAAGGCAUGAGAGAAUACACAAAGGAGAAAAGCCUUUUCAAUGUUCCCAGUGUGGAAAGAGUUUUACCCUGUUAGCUAAUCUGAAAAGGCAUGAGAGAAUACACACAGGAGAAAGUCCUUAUCGCUGUUCCCACUGUGGAAUGAGUUUUAUUCAGUUGGCGAGCCUGAAGGCACAUGAGUGGACACACACAGAAGAAAAGCCUUUCCAGUGUUCCCAGUGUAGAAAGAUUUUUACCCUGUUAGCUAACUUGAAAAGGCAUGAGAGAAUACACACAGGAGAAAAGCCUUACCAUUGCUUCCAUUGUGAAAAGAGAUUUUCCCGAUCAGGGGACCUAAAAGCUCAUGAGUGGACACACACAGGAGAAGAACCUUUCCAUUGUUCCCAGUGUGGAAAGCGUUUUACCGUGUUAGCUAACCUGAAAAGGCAUGAGAGAAUACACACGGGAGAAAAGCCUCAUCACUGUUCCCACUGUGGAAUGAGUUUUAUUCAGUCAAGGAGCCUGAAGGAGCAUGAGUGGACACACACAGGAGAAAAGCCUUUCCAAUGUUCCCAGUGUGGAAAGAGUUUUAUCGUGUUAAGUAACCUAAAAAGGCAUGAGAGAAUACACACAGGAGAAAAGCCAUUCCAAUGUUCCCAUUGUGGAAACAGUUUUACUCAGAGAGGGCACCUACAAGAGCAUGAGAGAAUUCACACAGGAGAAAAGCCUUACCACUGCGCCCAGUGUAAAAAUAGAUUUUCCCGAGUAGGGGACCUAAAAGCUCAUGAGAGGACACACACAGGAGAAAAGCCUUUCCAAUGUUCCCAGUGUAGAAAGAGUUUUACUGUGUUAGCUACCCUGAAAAGGCAUGAGAGAAUACACACAGAAGAAAAUCCGGACACAGAAGAAAAUCCGGGCACCGAAGACGUGGCUGUCGAUUAAGGCAACCCCUCACACCUCUCUGAUUCAGAGGGUUUGGGUUAAAUGCGGAAGACACAUUUCAGUUGAAUGCAUUCAGUUGUACAACUGACUAGGUAUCCCCCUUUCCCUUUGCCUAUAGAGCUCUGCUAUAAACAUGAGAGCAAGAUUAGAUUUUAUGUUCUGCAUUAUUAUUAUUAUUAUUGCGGCAGCCACCAAGUUAAGAAAUUAUGGAAUGUUCUGAAAACUGACUUCAGGUUUUUGAGGAAUCUAGUCUCGCAGGAAGACAGUUUUAUUUUAUGAAGGUUUGAUUCAGUUCUCUUCUUAGUAUUUAACUAAAUACUAUGUCUUUGGUAUGAGAGGGACUAGACUUAUUACUGUUCCCACUGUGGAAUGACUUUUCUUCAGUUAGGGAGCCUGAAGGAGCAUGAGUGGACAAACACAGGAGAGAAGCUUUACCACUGCUCCCAGCGUAAAAUUGAUUUUCACGAGUCGGGGACUUAAAAGCUCAGGAGAGGACACACACAGGAGAAAAGCCUUUCCAAUACUCCCAGUGUGGAAAGAGUUUUGUCUGGUUAAGGAGUCUGAAGGAGCAUAAGAAGACACACCAAAAAAGCCCUUACCACUCCUCUCUCUCUCUGUGUGGAAGGACAUUUUCCCAGUCACAGAACCUGAAAUCACAUGAGAGAAUAAAGUCGCUGUGUUCUGACUUAUAUUUUUGACUGAGAAUUUGUGUUUUUGUUUAUGCCACAUGAAAUCAUAUUGUUUAUUAUUAAACCUGUCCCACAGUUGGUCCCACAGUUGACAAUGCCCGUCAGAGCAUACACCAAGCAAUGAGUUCGAAGAAAUUGUCAAUAGAGGUCAGAGACAGGAUCGUGUCGAGGCACAGAUCUGGGGAAGGGUACCAAAAAAUGUCUGUAGCAUUGAAGGUCCCCAAGAACACAGUGGUCACCAUCAUUCUAGAAUGGAAGAAGUUUGGAACCACCAAGACUCUUCCUAGAGCUGGCCGCCUGCCAAACUGAGAAAUGGGGGUAGAAGGGCCUUGGUCAGGGAGGUGACCAAGAACCCGAUGGUCACUCUGACAGAGCUCCAGAGCUCCUCUGUGGAGACGGGAGAACCUUCCAGAAGGACAAUCAUCUCUGCAGCACUCCACCAAUCAGGCCUUUGUAGUAGAGUGGCCAGACGGAAACCACUCUUCAGUAAUAAGAACAGGACUUCCUGCUUGUAGCCAAAAGGCACCUAAAGACUGAACUCUUUGGCCUGAAUGCCAAGCGUCUCGCCUGGCAUAAAGCAUGGUGGUGGCAGCAUCAUGCUGUGGGGAUGUUUUUCAGCGGCAGGGACUGGGAGACUAAUCAGAAUCGAGGGAAAGAUGAACGGAGCAAAGUACAGAGAGAACCUUGAUGAAAACCUGCUACAGAGAACUCAGGACCUCAGACUGGGGCAACGGUUCACCUACCAAGAGUACAACAGCCUUAAGCCCACAGUCAAGACAACGGCGGAGUUGCUUCAGGACAAGUCUCUGAAUAACCUUGAGUGGCCCAGCCAGACCCCGGACUUGAACCCGAUCGAACAUCUCUAGAUAGACCUGAAAAUAGCUGUGCAGUGACGCUCCCCAUCCAACCUGACAGAGCUUGAGAGGAUCUGCAGAGAAGAAUGGGAGAAACUCCCCAACAAAGUCGGAACGUUCAAGUUCUUUAGACAAUUUCAUGGUUUAUUUGCCACUAUGAUUUAAACAUACUUAUGUGGAAACAACUAGCUACCCCAUUUAAUUUAAUAUUUUACGUUGUAAGUCAACUAGCUGGCUUGUGUGAGGAUUCUGUGUUAUGCAACAUAGCUGACUUGAGACAUUGUUAACAGUUUCAGGGCCAUGGUCCUUUCUCAUGAUGGAAAAAUACAGAAUAACAUGAAGACAGGAACUGUGCAAUGAGUUGUGGGGGCACAUUCAGAACGUAGUGCUGCGAGAACAAAUGGUCUUUUGUUAGAUAACAGGAGCCAGGUGCGUGGUAACUGUAUCGAGCAUGGGUGCAUAGAUAUUCUACACAACUACAACGACUGACCGCUGAAGCGUCUAGGGGGCUGGGACCAGCUCUGGCGCCAACAAUCAACGAUAGGCUGAGUGACUUUAAACCACGCCCAGUCUCUACUCUGACAGGCCGGCUCGGAAGCAGGAACUACUUCUGUCAGAGACUAUUAUAAUAUCUUUGUCAGGAACAAGUCAGUUCUCUGUUUGCCCUGUGAGGUGGGACAGAGAGCCCGUAUAUACGAAAAUUGCAUUUACUACUUAUUGCUUAGCUAAUAAAAAGUACAUAGUAUACAA